UUGCCGCUCCGUGAGUAGAAAAUUAUCCACAGCUCAGCCAUGGCCGAUACAACGGUAGCCGAUGUGGAGCAGCAGGACAUCUUCUACGUGUGUGAGAAGACUUUGAAUGCAGUGAAGGAGAAGCUGAAGAAGGGUGAGGAUAUCACUGAGGAUUUGGUGAACGAGCUCACACUGCCAGAGAAGGUGGGUGACGAGGAGAUGAUGAUCCCUGUGGACAUGCGGGGCGUCGGUGAGGACUUCGACGAUGUGGAGCAAAUGCUGGAGAAACUGGGAUCCAAAGGCACUGCUGAAGCUUUCGUGAAGGCCCAUGACUUUUUCGAGAAGAACAAGGAGAAACUCCCGGAAAACGAACGUCCGCCUGCAAUGACAGCUGCAGAGUGGCGGAAGGUUUUGGACGAGGAAAGGAUGAUGGAAGAAGGCGAAGAAGAGUUGCUCGGUUUUGAGGGUGAAGAGGAGGAGCUCUUGGAUGAUGAAGAUGGAGAGGGCGAUGGUGAAGUGAAGGAACCCGAUGCCAAGAAGGCCAAAACUGAGUGAGCUCUGAACAGUUUGGACCGAGAGCCGCGUUUCCCUGGGGUUGGGUAAUGCCAAGUUGUCUCGAACGUAUUGAAGACGGAAAAA